UAAAUUCCACGUAACGAACUUUUCAAAACAUCAACAAUGGCAACUUCGAGUCCUCCUCUGAAUCCCCUGUCUCAUCCUAAAUCCAAACAAAACAUUCAAACAGAAACGAACCAAUCUCCUCUAUCUCUCUUAAGAAAAUGUAAUUCCCUUAGAGAACUCAAACAAAUUCAAGCCUUCACAAUAAAAACAAGCCUGCAACAUGAUAUUUCAGUUAACACGAAAUUCAUAAAUUUCUGUACACUUCAUCCUUCCAAAAUGAUGGACCAUGCCCAGAACCUGUUUGAUCAAAUUCCACAACCAGAUAUUGUUAUUUUUAACGCAAUGGCUCGUGGGUAUGCUUUGACUAAGACUCCAUCUAGAGCUUUAGCACUUUUUGCUCGAGUUCUUGAGUUGGGUCUUUCCCCUGAUGAUUACACUUUCCCGUCACUUCUUAAAGCUUGUGCCAAUUUUAAAGCUUUUGAAGAAGGUAAACAAGUUCAUAAUCUUGUUAUUAAACUUGGGUUGUAUGAUAACAAGUACAUUCAUCCAACACUUAUAAAUAUGUAUACUGAAUGUGGUGACAUUGCUUCGGCAAGUAAAGUUUUUGAUAAACUGUCAAACCCGUGUGUUGUUACUUAUAACUCUAUGAUUACUGGGUAUAGUCGGUGCAGUCAGCCAAAUCAAGCGCUGGCAUUGUUUAGGAAAUUACAAGGUAGUAAUAUCACUCCUACUGAUGUCACAUUGCUUAGUGUUCUAUCGUCUUGUGCUUUGUUGGGUGCAUUGGAAUUAGGAAAAUGGAUACAUGAGUACAUAAGGAACAAUGGGUUUGAUGGAUUUUUGAAAGUCAAUACAGCUUUGAUAGAUAUGUAUGCAAAAUGUGGAAGCUUAGAAGAUGCAGUUCUUGUAUUUGAGAACAUGAGACUUAAGGAUACUCAUGCCUGGUCAGCCAUGAUCAUUGCUUAUGCAGUUCAUGGGCAUGGUAGUAAGGCUGUAUCAUUGUUCGAGGAUAUGAAAAGAGAGAGAGCCCGUCCGGAUGAAAUUACAUUUCUUGGUCUUUUAUACGCUUGCAGUCACACCGGAAUGGUUGUUGAAGGUUGUGAAUAUUUCCAGAGUAUGACUGUUCGCUAUGGGAUUGUUCCUGGGAUAAAGCAUUUUGGGUGUAUGGUUGAUUUGCUGGGUAGGGCUGGUCGGUUGGAGGAGGCAUAUAAAUUCAUCGAAGAAUUGCCAGUAAAGCCCACACCUAUCCUCUGGCGAACUUUGUUAUCAGCAUGUAGCAGCCAUGGCAACGUGGAAAUGGGAAAACAAGUUAUUGAACGCAUCUUCGAGUUGGAUGACUCACAUGGCGGAGAUUACGUAAUUUUGUCGAAUUUGUGUGCCAGAUCUGGUAAAUGGGAAGAUGUAAAUUAUAUUAGGAAACUGAUGAAAGAUAGAGGAGUUGUUAAGGUACCUGGAUGUAGCUCUGUUGAGGUGGAUAAUGUGGUGCACGAGUUCUUCUCUGGUGAUGGAACACACUCUGAAUCCCGAGGAUUGCACAAUGUACUUGAUGAGUUAGUUAAGAAACUGAAAUUGAUUGGUUAUGUGCCCGAUACUUCUCUAGUUUUUCAUGCAGACAUGAGAGAGGAGGAGAAGGAAGCUACUCUUAAAUAUCACAGUGAGAAGUUGGCUAUUGCUUUUGCACUUAUCAACACUGAUCCUGGAACAACCAUCCGUGUGGUGAAGAACCUUCGUGUUUGUGGGGAUUGUCAUUCUGCUGCAAAGUUCAUAUCUACAAUCUCUAACAGACAGAUAAUUCUUAGGGAUAUCCAACGUUUUCAUCAUUUCAAGGAUGGAGCAUGUUCAUGUGGGGAUUACUGGUAGUAUUAAGACGUUUCAUUACGUUUUGAUUUACUAUCCAUUAAGUACAGAAAAAACAAAGCUCUCUAUUAGAGUAUAUAGCAUACAUCCAUGUCCUCUUUUCUUCGUAUCAAAGGUCCACUGCAGAGGUAGAAUACUGAAAACUUAGUUAAGUAUUACUGAAAACUUAGUUAAGUAUUAGUAUUUGGAAGAUUAGAGUUGACAUUAUUUGCAAGAGCAAUCCCCCAAGGGUCAUCUUUCCAUGCAGUUUCAGGGAUUUCCAUUCUCAAUGAGAAAGUUGCACUCCACAUUUUCUAGUUCUGCUUCAAAGUCGGUGACGAGAAUUUCUACAGUUUGCUCUAAAGAAGAAGAAGAAAUACAGCAACAAAAUCUGUGGAAACAUUUGUGAUCAUUAUUAGAGUUUGAUAUUUCGGGAUGGUGAUGAAGAUGGGUGAGUAGUUGUUCUUUUAAGCAUGGUGAGAGUUGGAGUCACUAACAAGAGAUAUCCUUGAUAAUGUCAACUCUAGUCUUCCAAAAAAUGUCAGGAGACUCAAAGAUUAGUAUUCUACCUUUGCAAAGGACCCUCUGAUGCAAGAAAAGCAGAUGCGUGUUGCAUACUCAGACUCCAAUACUCAGGCAUGCCUUAUUUGUACUUGAUACUCGGUGCAAAGGAGUUUUCUUUAAAAUGGCACAACACAUAACAGUCUUUUGAUUUCCGGAGUGUCACUUUGAACCUAGGAACUAAACAAAAGGUUUCUUAGGGUCUUAAGAAGCACUUCUCCAUCCCUUCAUCAGAUAUUUCAAGUAGAAGACUCGGCACACGUUACAAAGAUGUCAAAUGGAUUGAAUACUUUGUCACCUUUAUGCUGCAGCAUUCGUUAAAACAUGCAAGUUUCAAUCAGAAUUUUUUUACAUUGUUUUGGUUGGAAGAAGUGACAGGUUAUUCUUUGUGUAGUUCUUUGCUAUGUCAUA